AUGGCUCCUCGAAGCGCGUCACGCGCUCUGCCUCUCGUCCUCUUCGCGACGGCUCUCAUCGUCCUCGCCGCCUCUCACGGCGCGAGUGCCGGGAAGGUGGUGAAAAAACCGUUCGUGCCAGGCCAGAUACUGCGCAAGUGCGGGUGGUCGAGCUUGGGCGACUACACGUCAUCGUUCCUCGUCUAUCCCAACGUGCAUCUGCACUGGAGGAAGGUCGACAGCAACACGAUCAAAUUCGCGUUCCACAUGACCAAGGGCCCCGGCGGGACGGGGAAGGGGUGGUUCGGCGUCGGCUUUUCCAAGGACGGCAAGAUGAACGGCGAUGCGAUCAUCGCGGAAAGCAUGAGCGCCGGCGCGCCCAAGCUGCUGACGCUCGACGGCCACAGCAGCGCGACCGACGCGACUGGGUGGGCGCCGACGGGACUGAAGAUUGUUAAGACCCCCUCGGGUACCACCAUCGAGUUCACUCGCACGACGUCGGACGGCGGGGAGGUAGCGCUGAACCCCUCGGGCAACAACUACAUCACGUGGGCCUUCGCCAAGACCACGUGGUCGGGGUCCACCCGCCACGCCUUCUCCGGCCAUGCCGUGGUUGACCUCUCUUGCAAUGGCUGCUCGGGCGUCGUCCGCAAGGUGCUCUGCCAGACGUUCAAUUAA